CCAUCAUUUCGGGGACUCUGAUGAUAGCGAGGAAGACCCGGGAAAUGGUGACCUCGCAUCUUUGGGGUUGGCAAGCCAAUUGCACAGGCAGACUCCACCGUCUCGCCGAGUGCCAGCAAGAGUCAUGAGUACUUGUCAACUCGACUCCUCAACUGGAGAUAACUUUCUAGCAUCUCACCAUGGGGAAGGACGUAUUCAUAUGCCUUCACCAGCACCUGCAUUAAACAUGCAGAGAGUUACACAAGUUCUUACCACCUUGGGGCACCAUUCAGGGUGCCUUUUCAUCUGAUUAAAUUUAUAAUGAACAGGGACAUUGCGGUUGUCCCAAGUGGAUGGUAUGAUGAUAGGAUGGUUUUCUGGCCCAGCUAUAAAAACACCGAUAGAAUUGAAAGGGCCGCUUUAAAUGAGGAGCAGCAUGAGCCAAACUGGCCAAGAUUUGACGUUUCUGUUGUCCGAACUUGUGACAACUACAAAGACGCAUUAAAAAAUAAUGCAACAAUAUGGAAAGGGCUGCGACACCUCAGACCUGCAAUCUGAGGCAGAGAACGAGGAGCUGCCAGAAAAAAGGAACAGGAAGCCAGUCCAUCGUCUCGGGGACUCGGAUGAUAGCGAAGAAGACCCGGGAAAUGGUGACCUCGCAUCUCUGGGGUUGGCAAGCCAAUUGCACAGGCAGACUCCACCGUCUCGCCGAGUGCCAGCAAGAGUCAUGAGUACUUGUCAACUCGACUCCUCAACUGGAGAUAACUUUCUAGCAUCUCACCAUGGGGAAGGACGUAUUCAUAUGCCUUCACCAGCACCUGCAUUAAACAUGCAGAGAGUUACACAAGGAACGGCAGUCCCUCCUCGACUCCCUCCACCCCCCUCACCAGCAGCCCUCAACAUGUGGCAGACAGAGGAGCCUGGAUCCAGCCUGGCCUACAGGCCAACAUGGCGAGGGGGAAGAAUGGCCGACAACAUUUCCUGCUCUGCGCCUGAGGUAAUCCAGAUCCUUAGCCUGCUGGAAACUAUUAAGCACAACCAAGACCAGCUGAUUGCGAAGGUGCUGUGAGUAAAAAUGUGUUGACAAGGUCAGCCACGGACGCUGAGGUCACCAAACACGCCAUCAGGUGGUUCAACUUGGCGGGGGAUCGGGCAACGAGGAGACGAGUCCCGCUUCCACCUCCUCAGGAGGAAUAGAGAUGUAUAUGUAUA